GUCAGAAGCUGAGUUUGUUAUAAAUUUCACGUGUUUCAGUAUGUUGAUCAGUUAUUGUUUUUAGGCUGACAUCUGGAGUCUCGGAAUCACCGCCAUUGAAUUGGCUAAAGGCGAACCUCCGCACUCAGAUCUCCAUCCAGUUCGAGUUUUAUUCUUCAUUCCUAAAAAUCCUCCGCCGCAGCUUACUGGUAAUUAUACGAAACCUUUCAAGGAUUUUGUCGAGGCCUGUCUGAACAAGGAUCCAAAAAAUUUAAGUUUUAAAUUGUUUUAUUUUUGCUUUCGCUAUAUUUGUCUGAUUAUGGUGUGUCGUUUCAAGUUUUGCGCGAGGAAACUAUUCAGCCGCUUAAAUGGUGGCGUGGCGUAUCGUUAUCUGUUUUAUUGCACACGGUACCUGGAUAACUCCUCGGAUGCUAGAGCUCUGAAAUUUUACCGUAUCGCUUUUCACAUGGUGUACCCGGCCAGUCAACGUAACUGUUGCGCCAUCAAACUGUAUCCACUAUCGAUGGCGGCGUUGAAUUGUUCCAAAGAAGGAGGGUUUUCCGCGUAUGCUGCUUUGUCCGUGUGUUCCGUAGUCUACUUCUGGGCGACCUCCAGUACUGGUCAGUGGGACUCCGUUGCGAAUGUCCACAGCUAUGGCGAGACUGUUGUGCUCGGGAAAUUAUGUUGCUAUUCUUGUCACGUGCCCGAGCAGACCAUCUCUGCACUGGUCGAUGGUGACGCCGAUGAAGGGGUCUUUCGUCUGUCUCCGAUCUCUGCCGACUUGCUGUUGACCCCUUUCUCUAGCAUCUGCGUUCUUCCUCCUGGUCAAAUUCCUCCUGUGGUCUGUCUUUCUUUCUUCAACCGUGUUACCCAUUUCGCCUAUGUAAAGCGCACCACAGGAACAUGGGAGUUGGUACACCCAACCAGCUUUUUGCUCCUUAGGUUGAGUCCGGAAGCAGAUCCAAUGCGUCACAGCUUUUCACUCAGUUUGCGAACGUAUGGCAAGAGGCCUACGGCCAAGGAGCUUCUGAAGCACCCGUUCAUCAAAAAGGCUAAGAAAAAUGUUAUAUUGACAGAGCUCAUCGACCGCUAUAAACAGUGGAAGGCACGCACUGGAUCAGAAAAUCGAUCUGACGACGAAGAUGGGAACGAUGAUGCGGAAAACGUGUAUGAGGAUUAUUUUUCAUAUAGUAUUUUGCGUUCUUGUAAACUUUGA